AUAAUUCUAUACCCAGUAAUGUUUCCUUAAAAGUGUUAAAUUGAAGAUUAUACCUAUGGAGCUGGGAUGUGGUGCUCAGAAAGAAUAUAAGUAGUCAGCAUUGUAGCAGUUGAGUCUCAGUGGUAAUGGAAAUGAGGAAGGUUGAAGGAUAAUAAUAGUUACCAUUUGGGGCAUGGUAGUUAUUUUGUGCCAGGCACUCACUGUGCUAAGCAACUUUACCUUCACUGACUCAUUUAAUCUUUAAAACAACCCUACAAGGAGUCUGAUCUGUGAAAACCUAGAAGGUUUGUUAAGACUCUUGCCAACAUGUGCUCUCCUGCCAGUCCCAAAAUCCUAUACAGGAACCCCCGGUUCCUCAGGUUAGCUUUUCUGCAGCUUCAUCACCAGCAGCAGAGUGAUGUGUUCUGUGAUGUCCUUCUGCAGGCAGAAGGUGAGGCAGUUCCAGCUCACUGCUGCAUCCUGUCGGCUUGCAGCCCCUUCUUCACAGAGCGCCUGGAGCAGGAGAGGCCAGCUCAGGGUCGGAAGGUGGUGCUGGAGCUGGGUGGCCUGAAGAUCAGCACACUUAGGAAGCUGGUGGACUUCUUGUAUACCUCAGAAAUGGAAGUAUCUCAAGAAGAAGCCCAGGAUGUGCUAUCUGCUGCCCGUCAGCUCCGUGUGUCUGAGCUGGAAUCCCUUCAGCUUGAGGGUGGAAAGUUGGUGAAGGCCCCACAGGGCCGAAGACUGAACCGAGAGUGUUUACAACCAACAAGUGCUGCACCAAUCUCUGCCAGAGUGGUGACACCCAGCCACCACUCUCACACCCCACUGCCUGCUACUCAAACCCCUUGUCCUCUUGGGGCAAUAAGACUGAAGUCCUUGGGGAAGGAAGAGGGGCCCCAGGAGAACAACCCACAGAAUGCAGACAAUUUGUCUGGCACUCUUCUGCUCAAGAGGAAGGCCAGAGCCUGCCCAACUCCACAAGAAAAAAGCUCUUCACCAUCAAGCCAUAGUCAAGAGCCUAGAGAGAACAAGAAUGACACUGCCCUUGAUCCUACAGUGCUCUCCCCACCCAGCUUGUACCCCUCUGUGGACAAACACCUGUUGCCCAGAAAGAUCAGGCUCAGUCGCUCAAAGCCAUCUCCUGAUAUAUGUACAUCAAAGCCUUCCAGCAUUUUAAGUGGAUCUAGCUCAGUGCCUGCAAUCCCUGGCCGGCGUCUUUGGCGGCAGAGGAGUGUAAAUAAAGAAGCACCAGAGGACAAGCCAAAAACAGGAAGAGCUAGUCCUCUACAGAGCACCCCAAGCCCAUCUGGUCUGGGAAAGACAGGUGGGAGCAAGAAGCGGAGCCCUGACCUCAGGACACCUAACUCAGACUCUGCAGAGGAGGGGCAGGUUGGGAGAGUUAAACUUAGGAAGAUUGUCAAUGGGACUUGCUGGGAAGUGGUACAAGAGACUCCCCUCAAAAACUCUCAAGAUAGCCCCCAGAUCCCGGAUCCCGGAGGAGACUUCCAAGAGCCUUCAGGAACUCAGCCAUUCUCCGCUAAUGAGCAGGAAAUGUCAUCUACGAGAAUAGAACUGUGUCAGGACUCCCCCGUGUGCACUAGGCUACAAGACAUUUUGGUCUCCGCUAGCCACUCCCCAGACCACUUAGUGGUGAAGUCAGAGUUUGGGUCCAGUCCAGAACUGGUAGAGAAGGAACCUAUGUUGGCUAUUGACUGCAGAGAACCCUAUGCAUUUGACACAGCUCUGCUGGAGCAGCCCUGUGAGGCUGAGGAGUACCGAAUCACAAGUGCUGCUGCCACCAGUGAGCUGGAGGAGAUCCUGGACUUCAUGCUCUGUGGCUCAGACAUUGAACCACCUAUAGGGUCUCUGGAGAGUCCAGGGGCUGAGGGCUGCAGAACCUCUACCUACCAUCUGACAGAAGCAGGAAAGAACUGGAUUGAAGGGGAAGAAUGGUGUCUACCAGACAUGGAACUCUGGCCCAGGGAGCUCACAGAAUUGGAAAAGGAACCUGCUGGUGAGAACAGAGAGCCAACUGAGCUCCUUAGCCCCCUUGUCAUGCCCUCUGAGGUGAGUGGAGAAGUGCUUUCAGUAGGAGGCCGUUGGACACCAGACCUUGAAAUUACCAGCUCCCAGCCACUGGAUGGUCAGGAAGACAAACUUCUCCAUGUCAGCUCCCUUGAUACUCCCCAGAGGUCUUAUGGGGACCUCUCAUCUCCCUGCUCAAACUGGGUGGAGACUGGGCUGGAAGUCUCCUUGACUACAGAUGAGUUAUUAUACCCUUCUCCCAAGGCAGGCAAGGAGGUAUCUGGUCACUCUGAACUACUAGGCUCAAUUCCUGCCAGCUCUGAAGAGGAAGAGAUUGAUGUGGUGGACUGGACAGCAGAGGGGAGGCUGGUACCCACUAGUGUUCCUUCCGUGUGGCCUGACCCUUCUUCAGAGUCAGAAACAGAGGUAGAUAUACUAACAUAGUGGAGGGGGGAGGGCAGGUUAGGGGCCCUGGGAGGAUGGGAAGUGUUAGCUAACAAAAGGCUUACUGGCAGAGAAGCUGGCACGUGCCCUAGGCACAAGAGGCAGGUGUACUCUGGCUCUUUGUAGGUCCCUUCCUCCCUUCCCUAAGCCUCAGAAGCCAGGCAGAAGCCAAGGGUACCAUAGAUAGAAAAUUAUGAACUUGUACCAUCUUUGUAAUCUAUUUUCCAGUUAGUGACAACUGAAACAAACUGUGUGCUCCCCAAUUCUAGUGGGUCAUAGGUAACAGCCAAGGCCAGGUCUCUCAGGUCAUAAGGUAUCCAGUCUCUGGUAAUUUAGGAAAAGCUGAGAAAGAACACCCUCUGUGGUGGGGUAUUGUUUAAGAAAAUGUUCCAGAGGAAGGUGUGAAGCAGUGUUGGGUGGAAUACUAAGUGGGUGGGAGUGAUGGAUGCUGUCCAGCACCUAAAGUGGGGCUUAUUCACUGCCAGUAUUAGGAAGUCUAGCUAAAACCUCUGCAGGGGCCAAGAAGAUGUACUUCCAUCAUUACUUCCAAAAAGUAAGUUGAAAAAGAUACAGUUGCUUUUUUAAAAAAUAAAUUAUUUACUUUGCUCCCAUAA